GGAGUUGUAGACGGAAGGCCUCCAUAAGCCUCCUUUAGUGAGCUGUGCCUGGCUGGGCCCUGACGGCCUCCGGACCCGCUGAGAGGAGGGGAGCCAUGGCGGUUGUCAGACUCAGCGCCUGUUCGCUCCCACAGGUGGCGGCGGGAAUCGCAAAGGCAAAAGCAAGAAAUGGCGACAGAUGCUGCAGUUCCCCCACAUCAGCCAGUGCGAAGAGCUGCGGCUCAGCCUCGCUCCAGGUCCAGAACCCAGCAGCUCCCACCUCUGCCUGCAGAGCGUGACUACCACAGCCUAUGCGAGCGGCAGCCCAUUGGGCGCCUGCUGUUCCGAGAAUUCUGCACCACGAGGCCUGAGCUGACCCGCUGCAUUGCCUUCCUGGAUGAGGUGGCUGAGUAUGAAGUGACUCCUGAUGAGAAGAGGAAGGCAUGUGGGCAGAGGCUAAUGCAGAAUUUUCUGAGCCACACGGGUCCUGACCUCAUUCCUGAGGUCCCCCAGCAACUGGUGACUAACUGUGCCCAGCAGCUGGAGAAGGGGCCCUGCAAAGACCUCUUCCAGGAGCUAACCCGGCUGACCCAUGAGUACCUGAGUGUGGCCCCUUUUGCCGACUACCUCGACAGCAUCUACUUCAACCGUUUCCUGCAGUGGAAGUGGCUGGAAAGGCUGCCAGUGACCAAAAACACCUUCAGGCAAUACCGAGUACUGGGCAAAGGUGGCUUUGGGGAGGUGUGCGCCUGCCAGGUACGGGCAACAGGCAAGAUGUAUGCCUGCAAGAAGCUGGAGAAGAAGCGCAUCAAGAAGCGGAAAGGGGAGGCCAUGGCACUCAAUGAGAAGCAGAUCCUGGAGAAAGUGAACAGUAGGUUUGUAGUGAGCUUGGCCUAUGCCUAUGAGACCAAGGACGCGCUGUGCCUGGUGCUGACACUGAUGAACGGAGGUGACCUCAAAUUCCACAUCUACCACAUGGGCCAGGCUGGCUUCCCAGAGGCACGGGCCGUCUUCUACGCUGCCGAGAUCUGCUGUGGCCUGGAGGACCUGCAUCGGGAGCGCAUUGUGUACAGGGACCUGAAGCCAGAGAACAUCCUACUGGAUGACCAUGGUCACAUCCGAAUCUCUGACCUGGGGCUGGCUGUGCAUGUGCCUGAGGGCCAGACCAUCAAAGGCCGUGUGGGCACCGUGGGCUACAUGGCUCCAGAGGUGGUGAAGAAUGAACGGUACACGUUCAGCCCAGACUGGUGGGCGCUAGGCUGCCUUCUGUACGAGAUGAUUGCAGGCCAAUCGCCCUUCCAGCAGAGGAAAAAGAAGAUUAAGCGGGAGGAGGUGGAGCGGCUGGUGAAGGAGGUGGCUGAAGAGUACUCCGACCAAUUUUCCCUGCAGGCCCGCUCACUCUGCUCCCAGCUCCUUUGCAAGGACCCUGCCGAGCGUCUGGGGUGUCGUGGAGGUGGUGCCUGUGAGGUGAAGGAGCACCCCAUCUUCAAGAAACUGAACUUCAAGCGUCUGGGAGCAGGCAUACUGGAGCCGCCCUUCAAGCCUGAUCCCCAGGCCAUUUAUUGCAAGGAUGUCCUGGACAUCGAACAGUUCUCCACGGUUAAGGGUGUGGAACUGGAGCCCACGGACCAGGACUUCUACCAAAAGUUUGCCACAGGCAGUGUGCCUAUCCCCUGGCAGAAUGAGAUGGUGGAGACCGAGUGCUUCCAGGAGCUGAAUGUCUUCGGGCUGGAUGGCUCAGUUCCCCCAGACCUGGACUGGAAGGGCCAGCCCCCUGCGCCCCCCAAGAAGGGACUGCUGCAGAGACUCUUCAGUCGCCAGGACUGCUGUGGGAACUGCAGCGACAGUGAAGAAGAGCUCCCCACCCGCCUCUAGCCCCCAGUCUGAGGCCCCCACCGGCGGUUGGCGGUAGCAGCUACUUCGAGUGCUGUUUACAGUUUUGCACAGUGGUCCUCCCCAUUGUCCACUCAAGAUGUGGCCUGGGGAACACAGCCGGAGCUGUCCCCAGUGUUCUCUGCCCCUCAGCCUGCAGUCUGGCUGAGUUUGGCAAGGCCUAGGCUGUCCUUGGGACAAAGGUGCGUCCCUUCAGCUCUUGUCCGUGGAGCUCGGGGCUUUCUGUAUUUAUGUAUUUGUACGAAUGUAUAUAGUGACUAGAGCAUUCUGAAGACCCACGCUGGAGCUGGCAGAGGGGCCACUGCCAAACUCAAGGCUCCUCAGGCCCCUGAGCCCCCAGCACUGUGCUCACCGCCGCCGACCUCCGAGUGAGACUCGUGCCUGCCUCUGCUGCCCUAGCUCAGGCCACCACCUCGGGCCCAAUGCUGUCUCUUCUCAGCACUUGUCAGAGCUGGACCUGGGGCAUGUGCCAAAGUAUGAACAGAGAUUGGGCUGACUCUGGGACCCAUCAGUCCACUGCCCAGGCUGUCCCAGAGGGGUGUGCCUCUGCCUUCCAGCUCCCAGGGCACCUUGUCCCUCAUGUUGUGCCCUGUCCUGAAGACACCUCUUGCAGAAAUGCCCCAUCCCAGGCAGAGAAAGGGGGUGUCCCUGGCAACCCUCAAACAUUCCAGACUUCUCUCAUAACAAUAGACACAUGUGCCCAGCAAUAAUCCACCCCUCCCUCUGCGCGUGCGUGUGUGUGUGUGUGUGUGUGUGUGUGUGUGUGUGUGUGUGUGAAGGGGGCAGGCUGAGGUUGUGUGCCUAUACGCCAGGCCCCACCCAGCCCUUCCCAGACUGGAUAGCCAUCCUGGUCCCAGUGUUGGAGUCGCAUGGGAUUACAGGACCCUGGUUUUUCCAUAUUUAAAGCCAAUUUUUAUUACUCAUUUUUUGUCCAAUGUAAGCUGCCAUGUGUCUCUAUGUGAAUACAGUCUGAGCACAAAGCUGG